AUCACCUCAACGCUUGUCAGGUCUGAAGUGAUGCAUCACUCUCGACAGCGCUAGAGCUCGGCGGGCUAUGAAUUUCCGAUGGUAGCUUGAUUCUAUCCAUUCUCUCCCUUCGGUCUUCACCCACCCAUCGCUUCCUCCACUGUUGCUCCUGACACGCGUUGAGAACCUUGUCCGCUCUCUGGGUCGAAACGUUGGCAGAGUAGCAUCAGUCAUCGCUAGUUCGAUUCAAGCAUGGGCGAUAGUAUGUCCCCGACGCACUCAAAGAUGGGCAACCCCUCCUUUCGCACCCCUUCUAUCCUAUCCCUAGCACCGGAGACAAUGCUCGAGAUCUUUGACUUCUUGCUUCCUGACGCGAAAGCUUCUCUCAAACGAGCUAACAGCGACCCUUCCACCGUGUUCCCCUUCUCCCCCGCCCGUGUCUGUCGUUGUUGGCUGAACAUUCUGUCCCUCAAGCCAAGCUAUUGGUCAUCUAUCGUCGUACCUCUCCACCUUCCUAUGAUUCCUCCCACCCUUUCUACCUAUGUGGAUGUCCUUGCUCGCCAAAACAACAUUGACGAAUGCCUCAUCUACAGCGAUGCAGCUUCCCCGCUUCCGUCCAGCACCGAAUGCGCCCGCAUUGACGCUGUCUUGCGCGCUCUUGCACCACACUUCCACAAAUGCCGGACCAUUUCCAUCCGUACUCAAUACCGCUCGUCUACUCUUCUGGCUUCGCGGCAUCUCAACGGUCUCGAUACUGAGCGCCUCAUCUACUUCUCUCUGGUUUCCUCCGAAGCGGAUUCAACCGAAGAAGCUCAUUUCACGUCAUUUUCCUGUCCCAAACUCCACCGGCUCUCCAUGGAUGGCAAGACUUUACUCAGCUUUGCUCGCAGCGAUGGUCAAAAAGGCCCCGAGAAGGGGAGGCCGUACAUCCAUGUGACUCCUUAUCGUCCACCCAGCGGUCCCUCGCAUCUGACGCCCUCGGCGCUCAUCGCCGCUCUCAUUAAACUCGUCGAGCUGAGCCACUUUUUAGAAUGGCUUCAUGUUGACAACGUCGCGUUUGACGAAGCACCGGAACACUAUGGUAUGCCGCCUCUUGACGUCUGCGACGUCAAGUUCACCGAUCUGGAUGGGCUUUUCCUCCGCGAGUUUUUCCGCCGCUUCGAAGGUGGCGAGGGCCGUAGCGUACACACCACACGUUGCACCUUCGAUUACCCUGUUGAGAUACGCGAGGCCGACAGUCUUUGCCUGGAGAGGAUUGACGACGGUGCCGCUAUCAUGUGCGCGCUCAUGCACUGGGAUGGCUUGAGCCUUUCCAUGAAGAACUGCCGAGGAUUUACCGAUGCUGCGUUGAACAUGGUGACGGCUGAGGACUGGUUUUUGGACUUGUAUGACCUAGAGAUCAAGAACUGCCCAGUGUCCGUGCGCGCCGUGCGCUCAUUUGUUGAAGCCAGGAAUAUAAACACUCUCCAGGAGGUGAAAGUUUCGGGAGAAACGCCGUUGGGGGACGAGGACAGGAGGUGGUUUGAGGACAACUUCCAAGGAUCAUUCAGCUGGACGACCGAGAGAGACGUUAAAUCCACGCUAUGA